AUCAAGAUGUGUUUGUCAUAUAUGCCGAGUCGGAGAAUUCUAGAAGCCUCCAUCUAUCUUCUAUCCAUCACCAAAUAAAACCCAAUCUUAGGGUUUAUCCUUUCACAAUUUCAUUCCAUUUCCCAAGCUACAAUUUUGAUAAGUUAAGAAGAACACAUUUCAUCAAUGGCGACUACUCAACUCACUGCAUCAUCGAUUUCUACGAGGAACUUGUCAUCCUUUGAAGGGUUUAGAACUUCUGCAAUUCAAUUUUCUCGUAACAAUGCUAGAAUUGGCAUUUUCUCACAAAGAUCGUUCCCGUCUAUGGUUGUUAAAGCUGCUGCCACUGUUGUUACCCCCAAGCAUACCACUUUAAAGCCACUAGGUGAUAGAGUACUGGUAAGAAUUAAGGACGCAGAAGAGAAAACUGUAGGUGGAAUUAUACUUCCAUCAACUGCUCAGUCAAAGCCUCAGGGGGGUGAGGUUGUUGCUGUUGGAGAAGGGAAGACAAUUGGGAAGAGCAAAGUGGAAAUUAGUGUGAAGGCAGGUGCACAAGUUGUGUAUUCAAAGUAUGCAGGAACUGAGGUAGAGUUCAAUGGUUCAAAACAUCUUAUACUGAAGGAUGAUGACAUUGUUGGUAUCCUUGAAACAGAGGAGGUUAAGGAUCUUAAACCCUUGAAUGAUAGAGUCUUGAUAAAGAUUGCAGAAGCUGAGGAAAAAACUGCUGGUGGUUUGUUGCUCACAGAGGCAACCAAGGAGAAACCAUCCAUUGGCACCGUGAUAGCAGUUGGUCCAGGGCCUGUGGAUGAUGAAGGCAACCGAAAACCAUUAUCCAUUACACCCGGGAAUACAGUUCUAUACUCCAAAUAUGCAGGGAAUGACUUCAAGGGCAAAGAUGGUUCUGACUAUAUUGCUUUGAGAGCCUCAGAUGUCAUUGCUAUCCUCUCUUAGUGAUUAAUUAUUUGUUGUUUUAGAACCUAAAUUUUUGUAUGGUUGAGGGAAAUUGUCAUUUUUUGCAACGAGGUUUGAAGUGUACUAGUUGAUUACUGCUAUUCCUUGCACAAUCUGAUUAAUAUUUUGUUGUA